AUGCCCAGUUUGCACGACACCACCCCGGCGAUGGCGCCGUCCUACGACACGCCGGAGGGCGUGGACAUCCGCGGCCGUUACGACCCGGAGUUCGCGGCCAUCCUGACCCGCGACGCGCUGGCCUUCGUGGCCGGCCUGCAGCGCGAGUUCCGCGGCCCCGUCAGGUACGCCAUGGAGCGCCGGCGUGAGGCCCAGCGGCGCUACGACGCCGGCGAGCUGCCGCGGUUCGACCCGUCCACCAGGUUCGUCCGGGAGGGAGACUGGGCGUGCGCGCCCGUGCCGCCGGCCAUCGCGGACCGGACCGUGGAGAUCACCGGCCCCGCCGACCCGAGGAAGAUGGUCAUCAACGCGCUCAACUCCGGCGCCAAGGUCUUCAUGGCUGAUUUCGAGGACGCGCUGGCGCCGACGUGGGAGAACCUGAUGCGCGGGCAGGUGAACCUGCGGUACGCCGUGGCCGGCACCAUAAGCUUCCGCGACGCGGCGCGCGGCGGCCGGGUGUACAAGCUCGACGAGCGCACCGCGAAGCUGUUCGUCAGGCCGCGCGGCUGGCACCUGCCGGAGGCGCACGUGCUCAUCGACGGCGAGCCGGCCAUCGGCUGCCUCGUGGACUUCGGGCUCUACUUCUUCCACAGCCACGCCGCCUUCCGCGCCGGCCAGGGCGCCGGAUUCGGCCCCUUCUUCUACCUCCCCAAGAUGGAGCACUCCAGGGAGGCGAGGAUAUGGAACGGCGUGUUCGAGAGGGCGGAGAGGGUGGCCGGGAUCGAGCGUGGGAGCAUCAGGGCGACGGUGCUGGUGGAGACGCUGCCGGCGGUGUUCCAGAUGGACGAGAUCCUGCACGAGCUGCGCGACCACUCGGCGGGGCUCAACUGCGGGCGGUGGGACUACAUCUUCAGCUACGUCAAGACGUUCCGCGCCCACCCGGACCGCCUCCUCCCCGACCGCGCCCUCGUCGGCAUGGCGCAGCACUUCAUGCGCUCCUACUCCCACCUCCUCAUCCGCACCUGCCACCGCCGCCGCGUCCACGCCAUGGGCGGCAUGGCGGCUCAGAUUCCGAUCAAGGACGACGCGGCGGCGAACGAGGCGGCGCUGGAGCUGGUGCGCAGGGACAAGCUGAGGGAGGUGCGCGCGGGGCACGACGGCACGUGGGCGGCGCACCCAGGGCUCAUCCCGGCGAUCCGGGAGGUCUUCGAGGGCCACCUCGGAGGGAAGUCUAACCAGAUCGACGCGGCGGCACCCGUCGACGCCAUCACGGAGGAGGACCUGAUCCAGCCGCCGCGGGGUACGCGCACGGUGGAGGGGCUGCGGCUCAACACCCGGGUCGGCGUGCAGUACCUCGCGGCGUGGCUGGGCGGGUCCGGGUCCGUGCCGCUGUACAACCUCAUGGAGGACGCGGCCACCGCGGAGAUCAGCCGCGUGCAGAACUGGCAGUGGCUCCGCCAUGGCGCGGUGCUCGACGCCGGCGGCGUGGCGGUCCGAGCCACGCCGGAGCUGCUCGCGCGCGUCGUGGAGGAGGAGAUGGCGAGGGUCCAGGCAGAGGUCGGCGCGGAGAGGUUCCGCCGGGGGCGCUACGCGGAGGCUGGCAGGGUCUUCAUCCGGCAGUGCGUCGCGCCGGAGCUGGACGACUUCCUCACACUGGAUGCCUACGGCCUCAUCGUGGUGCACCAUCCCAGAGGGACGCCAUCCAAGCUCUGA